UUUGGAGAAAGAGAGAGAGAGAGUUUUGGAAAAUUUUUAUGCUGUAUAUACAGUAAAGUUAUUUUAAAAAGUUUAAACACAAAGAAAAAAGUUUAGAAAUUUGUGAUUAUAAUUAGAUUAUAUAGUUUAAUAAAAAUUUAUCAGCCAUAACAAUCAAUCUAUCGGUGAAACGAUGCCUCUAUUGAUGUCAUCACUAAUGCGUCGCUUAAAUGUCACUUCUUGUUGUUUAUCCUCCAAGUCAUCCAUCUCUCGACUGUUUGUAUUAUUGAUAAUUGUUUCGGCAAUUGUAGACACUUUGGCCACCAGUCAAUACUACAGUACAAGUGCAGACAGUGACCUAACAUCAGAUCUGGUCGAUGACUAUAAUGCAAACAUUGCUAAACUAUUAUUUGUCAACAGAAAGAGAAGUUGUGUCAGACGAGGAGCCUCUUGUGAUCACAGACCUGAAGAUUGUUGCGAUAGCUCUGUGUGCAGAUGUAAUAUGUGGGGAGCAAACUGUCGGUGCCAAAGGGCUGGUCUAUUCAAGUGGGGUUAAGUCCUUAAACAGUAUUCCACAAUACAAUAGACUGUAUGAUUGAUUGAWUGAUAAUAUGAGUGGACAUUCAUUUAAAUUAUGAAUUAAUAAAAUAGAUAAAUAAACAGUAGUUUUUAAAAGCAAAUUUUGUUUUAUGGUAAUA